GCUUUUCGACGGUUGAAACGCAAACAACAAUCAUGGCAAACACACCUUAAAAUUCCUGCUGUUUCACCGUAAAGCCAAAACCUGUUAAUCUCUCCCUUCCCGUUUACUCCCAGAAAAAAUAAUUUAAAGAAAUGCUAGAUCCGGCCGCCGAUUUACUUCCUCCCACUUCUUCCCCCACCAUCUCCUCCGUCUCCUCCUCCGAUCUCGACACCGAGUCUACAGGUUCAUUUUUUCACGACAGAAGCACGACGUUAGGCACAUUGAUGGGAGUAAGUUUUCCGGCGGUUACAUUUCGAGCGCCAUCGCAGCACCGUGCUAUGCACAUGAAUGCCGCUGCCGCCCCGGCUGUGGCUGUAAGGAAGAAGAAGCGGGCGUCGACGAGUUUGUCUGCUUCCGCGGUGGCUCGGAGGCGGUGGUGGAGGCUUUGCGGAGACUGCGACGCAAAGCCGGCGUCCCUCGGUGAGUUUCUGGAGGUGGAGAGGAGGUUCGGUGACACAGCGUUUUAUAGCGCGGCGGCGGAAUUGGAGAGUGUGGUGGCGACGGAGAGCAGCGAAGGGCAUAAUGGUACCAAUGGGAGAGUUCUAUUCGCGGAUGGCAGGGUUUUACCUCCGGCGGCUAAUGAUAAUGGUGAUGAAAGUCCAUCAAUGGCCGAGAUUCUUUGCAGAUUUCCUGUUUCAAUUACCGGUAUUUGUAGAUAAUGAUUAUCGUUUGUUUUUUUAUUAUUUUCAUGACCAUUUUGUGUAUUUUAAAAAAUUUCCACUAAAAUUUCAUGACCAUUGUGUGCAUUUUAAAAUAUUUUCA